AUGGCGUUCGCGCUGCUGCGCCCCGUCGGCGCGCACGUGCUGUACCCGGACGUGCGGCUGCUGAGCGAGGACGAGGAGAACCGCAGCGAGAGCGACGCCUCCGACCAGUCCUUCGGCUGCUGCGAGGGCCUGGAGGCGGCGCGGCGCGGCCCGGGGCCCGGGGGCGGCCGGCGGGCGGGCGGCGGCGGCGGCGCGGGCCCGGUGGUGGUGGUGCGGCAGCGGCAGGCGGCCAACGCGCGGGAGCGGGACCGCACGCAGAGCGUGAACACGGCCUUCACGGCGCUGCGCACGCUCAUCCCCACCGAGCCGGUGGACCGCAAGCUGUCCAAGAUCGAGACGCUGCGCCUGGCGUCCAGCUACAUCGCGCACCUGGCCAACGUGCUGCUGCUGGGCGACGCGGCGGACGACGGGCAGCCGUGCUUCCGAGCGGCCGGCGGCGCCAAGAGCGCCCUGCCCGCCGGCCCCGACGGCGGCCGCCAGCCGCGCUCCAUCUGCACCUUCUGCCUCAGCAACCAGCGCAAGGGGAGUGGCCGCCGUGACCUGGGAGGCAGCUGCUUGAAGGUGAGGGGGGUGACCCCGCUUCGAGUGCCACGGAGAUGA